CAUUCUAGCUUGGUAUUGAACACCCGAAGAAAUACAUUUAAGUUACCGUAACUCAUUUAAGUGCUCAUACCCAUAGAGCAGCGCGGAGUACAGCAGAAUAAGUUUUUUAUUUAUUUUCGAAGCCAUAGCCAAAGUUUUUUCUAAAUUUCAUGUCACUAAUCACUAACAAUCGCUGUCAUUAUCUGUUUAAAAUUUAAUCAAAAUAAAGAAGUCUUGUUAGUGUGGUUGUCUGUAAAAAAAUUAAAUUAAACAAUGGUAUUAUUAUAUAUGGUAUAAAUGGAUUACUCAAUUCGAUGAAUAAUUAAUGUACCUAAUGGAGACAAAACUGCUCUUGAAAAGAAAUGUAAUAUCCUUUAUGUUCUUUUGCAAACGUUCAACUGUGGACUUGGCAUACAAAAUACACGGAAAGCCCCUCUCUAAGAACAGUGUUCCUAUACUGGUGAUACACGGGUUAAUGGGCUCCAAAAAGAACUUCGAGAGUAUCGCCAAAAACAUAGCAGCCACCACGAAGAAUACCGCCAUCACUGUAGAUUUACGAAAUCACGGCGACAGUCCUCACACGAGCUCACAUACGUACCUAGAAUUGGCCGCUGAUAUAUCCCAUCUAAUGAAGAAAGUUUCCGUAAAAAGAGCGAAGAUUGUUGGGCAUAGUAUGGGCGGAAGAACGGCAAUGGUACUGGCUUUGACUGAGAAUCCAAAGGUCGCAAGUUUGGUCGUUGUCGACAUAUCUCCGGUCUCAACGGCGGGCCUACUCAACGAUUUCUUUCCAGAACUUCUAAAAGUAAUGGAGACCAUGGAAUUCCAAGGAAAAGAAAGCAUAUCAAAGGCGAGAGCUGCUGUGAAAAAAGUUAUAAUAGAGUCAGGGGUGAUGAAACAUGAUGAUUCUAUCGACUUCAUUUUAUUGAAUGUUGGAUUGAAACCUAACAAACGUAUCGGCUGGCUUUGCAAUGUAGAAACGUUAAAAAAGUAUUUUGAGUGUAUAGCAACAUUCCCUUCGGAAAUGAAAGGCAAAACGUACAAAGGCCCCACGUUAUUUAUCGGCGGCGGAGAUUCUAAAUACAUUCCGCCAGAAGAUAUAAAGGGCAUAAGAAUUUUUUUUCCCAAAGCUGAAUUAAAAUAUAUUCCCAACGUAGGUCACAACGUGCAUGCAGAGGAUCCUAAAACAUUUCUCAAAUUAGUAAACCAGUUCCUUAUAAAAUAUUGAUGAGUUUGACCUUAAUAAUAAAAAUACAUUUGAACAUUUA